CUGAAGAGUGAAACUGACGUCAUGGCGAACAUCUUCCCCGCCAACGUCACUGCCUUUCCCUUUUCCAACUCCUCCCACCCACUCGUCGCCACGGAGACAACCUUCACGACCCUCUUGCCCACAAUCCCUGACCCCAGGGAACACUGUCACCUUGAUGACAGCUCCCUCCGGAUCCCUCUAGCCGUCCUUUACUCAGUCCUCUUCGUCUUGGGCCUGGCCGGCAACAUCCUGGCUCUCUGGGUCUUUCUAUACGUCCACUCCAAGAAGAAACCUGUCAGAGUGUUCCUCAUCAACGUAGCUUUAGCCGACCUGCUACUGGUCAUCUGUCUUCCAUUCAGAGUGCUGUACCACAGUAAAGGGAACCGCUGGGACCUGGGCCCCACCCUCUGUAAGGUAGUGGGGAACCUCUUCUAUAUGAACAUGUACAUCAGUAUCACCUUAUUAGGGUUGAUCAGUGUGGAUCGCUAUCUGAAGAUCCAGCGUGGUGCCGGGGGCCAGUACCGCAUCAAGGCCACCAGAUGGAGCCCCGCCAUCUGUGGGAUGAUCUGGGUCCUGGCCCUCGCCUCCGUCAUACCCAUGAUCCUCCUCUCUGAGGGCAACGAGGAGUCUGACAAGUGGGUUUAAUUUUUCAUGUUUAAAAAAUGUAAUCCUUAUUUCUCUAGGUAAACUUUGUUGAUAUUCUUUAUUUCAGUAGGUCCCACAUUUUGAACAAUUAUACUAAUAGCCAUUUUAUUUUCUACGAAUGCCCCAGAUGUUUCCAGUAUAAACAGCGUCAACGUGCGAAGGGGAAGGCCUACUUCAACCUCUUCCUGGUUGCCGCAUUCUGGCUCGUGUUCGUCUGCCUCGUGGUGUCUUAUGGGAAAAUCGGCAUCAAGCUGCUGAGGCUAUCGAGAGAGAAACCAGACUUCCCCAACGCGGCCCGCUAUACCCGCACCGCCAAGAAGUCCUUCUUUGUCCUCUUCCUGUUUAUCGUCUGCUUCGUCCCCUAUCACAUGGUCCGGGUGUUCUACGUCGUCUCCCAGAUCAGCGACACUUCCUGCUUCUGGAGGGGCGUGGUCGACAAAGCCAAUGAAGUGGUGUUGCUACUCUCUGCCUUCAACAGUUGCCUGGACCCUGUGAUGUACUUCAUGUUGUCGGCGUCCGUGAGGAAAGAGACCCUCCGAUUGUUCAAUAACGUGUUCCGACUGAGGGACCCGGGGUCCAGUGUGGAUUGUGGGAGGAGCCUCAGGGAGCAGCCAACUGUUAGUUUCAUCAGUAAUCCGAGGAGUAAAAUAACUGUCCAGCCCUGCCUUUAA